AUGGCCAGUGAUAGAGCCUACAGUGAGAUAAUUAUGGCCGAAAAGACGCAGCAAGACCACAAAGAGACUUUGGUUGAUAAUGUUUCCCACGACGCUGUUGACGGCCACCUGGCAACUGACCAAUAUGGUCAACCAUUGGUAGAGUUGGACAGAGCAGCUGAAGCCCGACUCCGAUUCAAAAUCGAUCUUUACGUUGUGCCAACUGUAGCAUUGAUGUAUCUGUUUUGCUUCAUUGAUCGUGCAAAUAUCGGAAACGCGAAACUGGCUGGAUUUGCUAAAGAUUUGGGGCUCGAAGGCUAUGACUACAAUAUUGUACUAUCCAUCUUCUACGUUGCAUACAUUUUAUUCGAGAUUCCGAGCAAUCUUGCAUGCAAAUGGAUUGGGCCUGGCUGGUUUCUGCCGGCUCUCACACUCGGAUUUGGCAUCUGCUCUGUUGGCACAGCUUUUGUGACUAACAUCCGCAGCGCCUCGGGUGUGAGAUUCCUGCUGGGCAUGUUUGAGGCAGGUUUACUUCCUGGAAUCGCUUACUAUCUCAGCCGUUGGUAUCGCCGAAGUGAACUGGCUUUUCGGUUGUCUUUGUACAUCGUCAUGGCUCCUUUAGCCGGCGCUUUUGGUGGCUUGCUAGCAUCAGGAAUUCUGAAACUGGAUCAUUUCGGUGGGCUUCACAGCUGGCGUAUGCUCUUUGCUAUUGAAGGGGUUAUCACGAUCGGAAUUUCUCUGUUGGCGUUUUUCACCUUGACUGACCGACCAGAGACUGCCCGAUGGCUAUCAAAGGAUGAAAAGGAAUUAGCCAUUGCCAGAGUUAAGUCGGAGAGAGUUGCAACUACUGAAGUUCUGGACAAAAUCGACAUCCCCAAGACCUUGCGUGGUAUCUUCAACCCUGUAACGCUCACCACUGCGUUUGUCUUUCUCCUUAACAACAUUACGGUUCAAGGCCUGGCCUUUUUUGCGCCAACCAUCGUCCAGACCAUCUAUCCUGAUGCGACCGUCAUAUCACAACAGCUUCAUACCGUGCCACCCUACGUGGUCGGUGCUUUCUUUACUGUCCUUUUCCCAUUUCUCAGUUGGCGAUUCGAUCAUAGGUUGAUCUUCUUCGUCAUAUGCCCCCCAUUGAUGAUGACCGGAUAUAUAAUGUUCCUGGCUAGCAAGGAAAGCAUGGUGAGAUAUGGAGCGACAUUUCUCAUUGGAAGUGGAGCCUUUUCCUUUGGAGCGCUUGUUACUGCUCAUGUUUCUGCAAAUGUCGUAUCAGACACUGCUAGAUCAUCGGCCAUUGGAACCACUGUUAUGUUUGGUAACAUCGGUGGCUUGAUAUCUACCUGGUCGUUUUUGCCAUUCGAUUCCCCAAACUAUCACAUUGGUAACGGCCUCAAUCUCGCGACGUCAUCCAUGACCAUGAUUCUCGCGGCUUCCUUGUGGAUGUAUAUGGUGUGGGAUAACCGGAGGCGCAAAUCCGUCGACGUCGACGUUGUUUUAGCGGGUCUCUCACAAAAACAGAUUCAGGAAAUGGAUUGGCGAAACCCGGCUUUCCAAUGGCGACCCUGA